AUGCCGCCAGUGUCUGAAAUGGAGAUGGCCGCGCCAGAGGGGGAAGUCACGGGGGGGUUGUCCCGAGCCGACUGCCUCUGCCCUGUUUGCCUAGAGAUCUUUCUGGAGCCGGUGACGUUGCCGUGCAGCCACACCUUCUGCAAGCCCUGCUUCCUGGAGACGGUGGACAAGGCCAAUCUGUGCUGCCCGCUGUGUCGCAAGCGGGUGUCAACGUGGGCACGGCUCAACGGCCGGAACAAGACCCUGGUCAACGAUGAGCUGUGGCAGCGGGUGCAGGUGGCGUUCCCCAUGCAGUGCCAACGCAGGCUCAGUGGACAGGAGGAGGAGGAUGAAAACAGUUAAGUGACUGACACACUGUAUGUGUUUUCCAUUUAACAUUAAUUUAACAAUAAGUGACAUCCAAAUGGCCUGUGUCCUUUAGUACAGCUGGGUUGGGUAUGCUUUAAGGUAAUUAUGGGUCCACACAGCACCUUGGAAUCAGACAAAUCUAUUUAUUCUCACUGUUGUGGGUUACACGAGGUCGGUUGACCUGUUUGUUUACCUUCCAUUUCCCUCUGCCUCCAGUAUUGGUCCCCGGACCCAAAGUCAGUCAGCCUGGAGAGGUACGGAGAGAGUACGAGGAACAAAUCAGCAAGGUGAAUUAUCAGGGUAAAUUAUACCUAGGGUCCUGAGUUUUUCCUGGUCCUGAGUUUUUCCUGACCACGUAACGUGACCAGGAAAAACUCUGGGCCAUAGUUAUGGACCUAGGUUCUACAGUUUUUUUUAUGGUCCGAUCGCGGCCUCAGGGAAAACUCUUGGCCCAAGUUAUAAUGCAAGUUUACAUUUUACUACACUCUAUAGUCACAUAGAAUACACUUGACAUGACCUCUGACCCUUUUCCAGCUAUUAGAGGAGAAGCGUACCCUGGAGGAGGCAGAGAGGAAAGCAAGUGAGGAGUACAUCCAGAGUCUCCUCGCAGGCGAGGAGGAGCGCCUGGCGGAGGAGAGAAGGAAGCACGAGGAGAGGCAGCUGGAGAACGACGAGAAGCUGGCCAGACUGCUCAGCCAGGAGCUGGUGGGUUUAAUAAUCUGUGUAAUAUCGGAUUACAGUGUACUCAGGUUCUCCCUCAUUUUUAGAGCCACUCAGACCAGUUUCACUUUUUCAUAAGAACAUAUCGUUUAUUGCAGACAAAAAGGCAAAUUGCAAUAAUGUAUCAAUUCAAUUGAUUUGGUCUGUAUAGUAGCAGAUCAGGUUUACAGGUUGUGUAGGUAAAGGUACAAUUAGUGUUCUAAUCUUAGAAGCUUGCAUUAUCUUUUCAGGUCAAUGACAUAGGUGGAAAUCUGAAACCAAGAACGGAACGCAAUGUCAGAGAAACAGCAUAG